CUAUGACACAUGGUGAGCGCUCAAGGAGUUCACGUCGACCCCAAGAAAAUCGAAGCCGUACGUACGUGGAAGACACCCCAGAACGUGAAGGAGUUGCAGCAGUUCCUAGGCUUCGCCAAUUACUACAACAGGUUCGUGCCACAGUAUGCGAAAAUCGCAGCACCACUCACGAAUCUGCUGAAGAAGAACACACCCUACAAAUGGGAGCCGAAGCACCAGGAAGCCGUGGAGCAGCUGAAGCAAGCACUCACGUCCGCACCAGUACUCAUUUUGCCAGAUCCCGAACGCGACUACGUCAUCGAAGCUGACGCCAGCGACCAGGCAGUGGGAGCAGUCUUGAUGCAAGACCAGGGAAAUGGACUGCAACCAAUUGCCUACCACAGCAAGAAACUGCACGGGGCAGAACUAAACUACCCGAUACACGACAAAGAGGCCCUUGCCAUCGUCAUCGCCUUCAAAGCGUGGAGAUGUUAUCUCGAAGGACGAAGAACAACCGUCUACACCGACCACUGCAGCCUGAAAUAUUUGAAGACACAACCCAACCUUUCCAGGUGGCAGGUCCGGUGGAUCGACUUCCUCGAGACACACUUCCACUACGACAUCGUGUACAAGCCCGGCCACAAAAACAAAGCAGAUGCUCUCAGCCGACCUCCACACGUUGCCGCUAUUCAGAUCGAAGGGAUGAAUCCACUCCUCAAGGGACUCUUCACACACGGGUACGCCAUCGACCCCGAAAUUCCCUUGGCAGAAAAGCGACAUCUGCUACAGUGGGACAGUGACAUCGCGUAUCGGAAAGGAUCAACGAAAAUCUGGGUACCCAAUUACCCUCCUUUGCGCCAGUUACUACUUGAAGAAUACCACGACGUCCUCUACGCCGGACACUUCGGUAGCAACAAGACGCUGACCGGUAUCGCAAAGCACUACUACUGGCCCCACUUGGCAGAAGAUGUUCAGAAAUUCGUCACCUCGUGUGAUACAUGUCAGCGGAUAAAGAGUAGCAAACAGAAGAAGGCAGGACUGCUACAGCCUCUUCCUGUCCCAGAACAGCCAUGGCAAGUGGUUAGCCUGGACUUCAUCACCGGGUUACCACCUACCACUAGCGGUCAUGACGCAAUCCUUGUCGUCAUCGACAAAUUCUCCAAGAUGGGACACUUCUUCCCGACACACACGACAGCACGCACCGAAGAAACAGCACAACUCUUCGUUCGAUACAUCAUCUCACAGCAUGGCAUUCCAACCACACUCAUCUCCGACCGAGACCCCAAGUUCACCAGCAAGUUCUGGAAGGAACUUAUGUCUCUCCUCAGGACCAAACUCGCCAUGUCAUCUGCUUACCAUCCGCAGACCGACGGACAGACCGAGCGCCUCAACCAGAUUGUCAAGCAACUCCUCCGAGCAGCCUGCAAGGACGAGAUCUCCAAAUGGGACUUGCAUCUGCCCAUUUUAGAGUUUGCUUACAACAAUGCUACACAUGCCGCUACUGGAAAGACGCCGUUCUUCCUCUGCUACGGCCGCCACCCACUCACACCACAAAAACCGACAGCAUCAGCCACAGAGACCAGAGAAAGCCUCGGAAACACCAGAAAAAAUCAAGGACAUACUGAAGGAGUUCCAAGACAUUCUUCCCGACGACCUCUCGGACGAGAUACCGCCAUACCAAAGAAAACAACACGAAAUCGUAGAGGAACCAGGUUCGAAACCGACCUUCCGAGCACCAUAUCGGCUAAUCCCCAUAGAACUAGCCGACAUGAAAAAGCAGAUCGAGUAUCUCCUCGCCAAAGGACUCAUCCGACCAUCCACUUCACCAUACGGUGCCCCAGUACUCUUCACACCGAAACCGGACGGAAGCCUGUGCAUGUGCAUCGACUACCGAGCUCUCAACAAGUUGACCAUCUAGAACAAGUACCCGAUUCCACGAAUCGAUGACCUGCUUGACCAGCUUCGGGGAGCCAC